AUGAAGAACUUUUGCAUUGGUACAUGUCUUUUUGUCUUGCUUGUGGUUAUCUUUCCAUCGAAGUUUGAUGCUCAAACAUGCACGCCAAGUGGUGGCAUAAGGGGGCAAAAACCACCUCCUGGACAAUGCAACACAGAGAAUGACUCGGAUUGUUGUGUCCAAGGGAAGUUCUACACCACAUACAAAUGUUCACCAAGUGUUUCUAGCAAUACAAAGGCGACUCUAACUUUAAAUAGUUUCCAGAAGGGAGGUGAUGGUGGUGGCCCAUCAGAGUGCGACCAUAAAUAUCAUUCUGAUGACACACCUGUUGUGGCACUAUCAACAGGGUGGUAUAAGGGUGGGGAUAGAUGUCAUAAUUUCAUCAAGAUCAAUGGUAACGGACGAAGUGUAAAAGCCAUGGUUGUAGAUGAGUGUGAUUCUACAAUGGGUUGUGAUGAAGUGCAUGACUACCAACCCCCAUGCCCUAAUAACAUUGUGGAUGCUUCUAAAGCUGUUUGGAAAGCAUUAGGUGUAUUAGAAGAGAAUUGGGGAGAUUUAGAUAUCUCAUGGUCAGAUGCAUGCAAGCCAAGUGGUGGUAUAAGGGGAAGAAAACCGCCUCCAGGACAAUGCAACACAGAAAACGACUCAGAUUGUUGUGUCCAAGGGAAGUUUUAUACCACCUACAAAUGUUCACCACCCGUUUCUAGUCAGACAAAGGCGACUCUAACGUUAAAUAGUUUCCAAAAGGGAGGUGAUGGAGGUGGCCCAUCAGAGUGUGACCACAAAUACCAUUCUGAUGACACACCCGUUGUGGCACUAUCAACAGGUUGGUAUAAGGGAGGGGAUAGGUGUCAUAAUUUCAUCAAAAUCAAUGGUAACGGACGAAGUGUAAAAGCCAUGGUUGUAGACGAGUGUGAUUCCACAAUGGGUUGUGAUGAAGAGCAUGACUACCAACCUCCAUGCCCUAACAACAUUGUAGAUGCCUCUAAAGCUGUUUGGAAAGCAUUGGGUGUAUCAGAAGACAAUUGGGGAGAUUUAGAUAUCUCAUGGUCAGAUGCAUAG